AUGACCGGAUUCAUCAAGGACCAAUGGUCCUGUAUCCCUCCCGUCGUCCGUGCCGACCUCUCAGGCCAGACCGUAGUGGUCGUCGGCGCCAACGUAGGCAUCGGUCUUGAGGCAUCAGUCCACUUUGCGUCCAUGGGUCCUGAGCGCCUCAUCAUAGCGUGUAGGAGCGAGGGCAAGGGCAAGAACGCUGUAGAAGAGAUUGAACAGAGGACUGGCUUCAAACAUACGGAGCUGUGGCUCCUCGAUCUUUCGUCGUUCACGUCUGUUAGGGCAUUUGCCGACCGCUUUGAGCGCGAGGCUGGUGCACUCGAUAUACUAGCGAUGAAUGCAGGCGUGUUGCCCGCCGAAUACGAGGCCACCGUGGAUGGAUGGGAGAACUGUACCCAAGUAAACCAUCUCUCGACGUCGCUCCUACCCCUUCUCCUCCUACCACGCAUGGUCGAAGCGGGAAAGAAGCGAGGUCGAGCAGCAAGACUUGUCAUUACUGCGAGUGACGUUCACUAUUGGGCCUCCCUCUCUCCAUCUGUCCAGGAAUCUCCGACGCCGCUUAAGCUCUUCGGGAGUAAGGAGUAUUGCACACCCGAAGUGAUGAAAUCUAGGUACUACGAUAGCAAGCUUCUGAAUGUGCUGCACACCCGGGCCCUCGCCGCCCACCUCCGCACGCUCUCAGAGACACCCGUUACGCCCGUAGCCGUCAACCCCGGCUUCUGCUGGUCGCAGCUCAGACGCGAUAUGCCAUCUAACCCGACUAUGUGGCUCGCUGAACACGGACUUGCGUGGCAUCCUGAGAAAGGUGCCCGUCAGCUCGUGUUCGCCGCGCUCGGUAAGCGCGGUCGGGAAGCCAAUAGAAAGAGCAAGAGCAAGCAUAGUGGCGAGCCCUCCCCUGAAGAGGAUGAGAUAACGAUGCGCGGGGCGUAUGUGAGCAUGGGCACGACGCAGGAAGUGAGCGACUGGGUGCUUGGGGAGGAAGGCGUAAGGAUGCAGGAGAGGAUAUGGAAAGAGACCAUUGAGAUUCUGAAGGGUGUUGAUCCGCGGGUGGAAGGUAUAGUGCAGGAGUUCCUGUACGCCUAG